AUGAUGCACCCUUCCAGACAGGCGUAUGUGGAGGAGUCGGAGGAUACGGACAUGGGCAUUGAUCUCGCCAAUCUCCCGGUCGACCGUGAUUAUGAGCUUCCUUCCGCCGCCGCGGGCAUCCCGUCCGAAAGAGCAUCGGCCAUUCUAUCCCAGUUCGAGCGCAAACGGCGAGCAGCGGCCAUGGUGGUUCCGACGGACGAUUCAAGAGUACGCGCGCGUCUGCGAGAACUUGAGGAACCGAUAACCCUCUUCGGGGAAGGGCCAGUGGAACGGAGAGACCGACUACGCGAGCUCCUGACCGAUCUCGCCGAGAAGCAGGAAGCCGAGGCGGCGGAGGGGGACAUUUCCAUGCGAGAUGUGACAGAAGAGGUGGAAGAGGGCGAGGAGGAGGCCGAGCAACAGGAAGAGUUCUACACAGAGGGUUCCCGCGACCUACUUGAGGCGCGAAAAGACAUCGCCCGGUAUUCUCUCCCCAGAGCCAAAGCCAGGGUGGCUCGAUUACGAGAGGAAUCCACGAUCCCACUACGGACACACAUCAAGCAUCGUAAAGCAAUCAAGGAGAAAUUGCAAGGAUUCGAUCUUUACGGUUCGCAGAUCGCGGGUGAUCGCCCCGUGAGUAUCUGUCGCUUUGCGCCAGAUGGAAAGACGAUCGCCGCUGGAAACUGGGGAGGUAAUAUUCGCCUGCUGACGGUGCCGAAUCUGGAGGAGAAAUCCAAUCUCAAGGGCCAUCGGGAUCGCGUUGGUGGGCUGGCGUGGUUCCCCGGGGCGACACUUCCCACGUCCAAUGUCUCCGAAUCGAGUGUCAACCUGGUCUCCGGCGGUGGGGAAGGCAAUGUGGCAUUGUGGUCUCUCGAUAAAGAUACGCCACUAGCUACGCUAUCGGGCCACAGCGGCCGUGUGUGCCGGACAGAAUUUCACCCAUCUGGGCGCUAUGUCGCCUCUGCAUCAUUCGAUACCACAUGGCGGUUGUGGGACGUCGAGACUACUGCGGAACUUCUCCUCCAGGAGGGCCAUUCAAGAGAAGUCUAUACCGUGGCGUUCAACAAUGACGGCUCUCUGCUAGCGAGCGGUGGUCUGGACAGCAUUGGACGUAUCUGGGAUCUGCGGACUGGUCGAACAGUAAUGAUUCUCGAAGGCCAUAUUCGAGAAAUCUACGGUCUCGACUGGGGAGUAGAUGGGUACCGUGUUCUCUCGGGAUCUGGUGAUGGGUGGAUCAAGUGCUGGGAUCUACGGCAGGUACGAAACAUCGGGGGGAUUGGCGCGCAUAAGAGUGUCGUCUCAGACUUGCGAUGGUACAAGGGCACGGAGUCUGCGGCGUCCUACCUACCCUCUACCGAGGGACAAGCUGGCCAAAUGGACGUUGACGGCAGCGCGACCCUCACGACGAGCGAACAGUCGACACCGCCCGCUCCCGUUCAACCGAAGAAGUCGGGCACGUUCUUCGUCAGCAGUGGUUUUGACAAGCAUGUCAACAUCUUCAGCGCUGAUGAUUGGUCUUUGGUGAAAACCCUGAGUGGCCAUGCGGGCAAUGUCCUCAGUACGGAUAUCAGUGAUGAUGCGCAAUGGAUUGCCAGCUGCGGGCACGAUCGAACUGUGAAGCUCUGGGGUAUAGAAUAA